AUGCCAGUAUUAUCUUGCAACAACAGAAUAGUCUCAAUUCUCCUCCUACUUUCUGUCCUCUCAUUUGCUUCAUUCGUUCCGAAAUCGCGUGCUGCAAUCGCAGAAUACGACGAGUAUUUGCUGAAGAAGGCAGAGGAAUCGUAUAAGGAGUCCCUCAAGGCGUUCGAUCCCCACCCGGAGAAAGUCGCCGAUGAAUUGAGCAAGCAAGUUGGCGAGACCCUAAUAAGCGAGAAGAACAUCACGAGGCGGCAGCUCGUGCAGACGCAGACCGAGUGCAAGGCCACCAACCCCAUCGACCGCUGCUGGCGGUGCGACCCCAACUGGGCCCGCAACCGCAAACGUCUCGCCGACUGCGCCCGCGGCUUCGGACAUCGCACCACCGGAGGCCGCGACGGCCCGUACUACGUCGUCACCGACUCUUCCGACGAUGACGUGGAGCGGCCGCGGCCUGGGACCCUCCGCCACGCGGCCAUCCAGCCCGGACCCCUCUGGAUCGUAUUCUCCCACAGCAUGGUGAUUAGGCUGAAACAGGAGCUCAUAUUCUCCAGCCACAAGACGGUCGACGGGCGUGGAGCCCACGUCCACAUCGCCUACGGCGCGGGCAUCACCCUGCAGUUCGUGCGCAACGCCAUCGUUCAUAAUGUGUGGAUUCACGAUAUUGUGCCCACUUCCGGGGGAAUGAUUAGGGACGCGGUCGACCAUGUGGGCCUCCGCACGGUCAGCGAUGGCGACGGGAUCUCGGUUUUCAGCUCCAGCGAUAUAUGGAUCGACCAUGUCUCGUUGUCUAAGGGUACGGAUGGGCUGAUUGACGUGAUCGAAGGCUCGACAGCUGUCACCAUUUCCAACUGCAAAUUCAACAACCACGAUUCUGUGAUGCUGUUGGGGGCGCAUGAUCGCGACACGAAAGAUUCGAUAAUGCAAGUGACGGUUGCAUUCAAUCGAUUCGGGAAAGGUUUGGUCCAAAGGAUGCCAAGGUGCCGGUGGGGCUUUGUCCAUAUCAUCAACAAUGAUUAUUCCAAGUGGAAAAUGUAUGCCAUCGGCGGAAGUGCGCACCCGACUAUCAUCAGCCAGGGCAACCGGUUCAAGGCUUCGGGCGACCCAAAUACAAAGGAGGUGACGAAGAGGAACUUUGCGACUGAGGACGUGUGGAGUAAAUGGCAGUGGAGGUCCGAGGGCGACAAGUUUUCGAAUGGAGCCUACUUCACGGAGUCGGGGCCACAGGUUGUACAUGCAGAAACUCCCUUCACUAAGAAAAACUUCAUCAAGUUCAGGCCCGGUUCAUACGCCGGCAGGCUCACGCGAUAUGCUGGUGCACUCAGCUGCCGUUAUGGCGAAUUGUGCUAG